AUGCAAGGACAACAACUGCGGAGGCGCCACGCCGACGAAGCCCAUGAACUCUCCUUGGAAACACUCGCUCAGUUGGAGAUGCGAAUUUUCGGACUUGAGGUCGUCUACAAGAAGUACGUCACAGAAUCGCAAGUCGUUCGUUGCAUGGUGGACCAUUUAGCGCGGCGAUCGAAGAUUUUGGAGCACCAGCGACAGAAACUUUCGAGUCAGACGACGACCCGUGCUUCCCCCCUCCCAAUUACCCGACCUCCUCCACCCCCUGUUACCACCAGUUGCGCUGCGCCUUGCAAUGCCUUUCAUCCGUCUUCCAGCGGGUCUAACCCACCUCCCAACAAAGUUCGCGCGGUUAGCGAAGAACUGGGCGUGGAGACGGACCCGAUGCUGCGGACCCUUGCAUUCCUACAGUACAUGAAUGAGAGCGGUGGAGGAGUUCCAGCAGGCGGUGCAGAACAGGCUCUCCUGAAUAACCUUCUUCUUUCGCGUCUGGAUGCUGCUGCAGCCGCCGCCGCCUCCGCCGUGCCCAUGGACAAUGGAGGCGCGCAUUCAGUGCCUCCACAAGGCCUCCCCUACCACCCAGACUCGAUUUUUGGGUUGUCGCGACCGAUGGCGGCUGGUAUUCCAACUGCAUCGCUAUCAACCGCGGAUGUUCUGCCAAUGAAGAGCACGGCGCCGUCUUCUGCAAAUGGCAAGUGUUUCCUCGUCACCACCACCGCCACUACCUCCUCCUCCUCCUCCUUUACCUACAGCUCCACCACCUCUUCCUCCUCUUUCACCUACACCUUCACCACCCCUUCCUCCUCCUUCGCCUGCACCUCCACCGCCUCUUCCUCUAUCUACACCUUCACCACUCCUCCCACCUCCUCCACCUACACCUCUACCGCCCCUUCCUCCUCCUCCUCCACCUUCAUCUUUACCAUCCCCAUCUCCUCCACUAUUACCUCCUCCAGAACCACCACCUCCUCAUCCACUUACACCGCCUCUUUCUUCUCCUCCACCUACACCUCCACUAUCCCUUCCACCUCCUCCUCCCCCUACACCUCCACCAUCCCUUCUCCCUCUUUCACCUACACUUCCACCACCCCUUCCUUCUCCUUCGCCUACACCACCCCUUCCUCCUCCUCCUCCACCUUCAUCUUUACCGUCCCAUCUCCUCCACCGUUAUCUCCUCCAGAACCACUACCUCCUCCUCCAGUUGACACCUUCACCAGUCCUUCGUCUGUGCAGAAGCAACUACCAUCAAGCGCCAAUGAGGAGGGAAUUCAAGCAGCCGCGUCCACAGCUACAUCACCUCCGCAGAAACGAGAACCCCAUUCGGUGCCCCCGGGGGUAGCUGAAGAGUGCUCCCAUAGUCAGCGGCAGUUCUACCGCACCCAGUGCAUUCGACCGCGUUUCACCUACGCCUCGCUCAUCAGACAGGCGAUCUGUGAGUCCCCGAACAAGUGCCUCUCACUCAGCGAAAUCUACGCUUGGUUACAAAAGGAAUUUCUCUACUUCCGACAGAACGAGGCGACGUGGAAAAACGCGAUUCGCCACAACCUCUCGCUGCACAAAUGCUUCCGUCGGGUAGAGACGGCCGGUGGUUCCGUGUGGAUAUUCGAUGAGCAGGAAUGCCUUCAGCGUAAGGACGGAAAGUCCGCGUUUUACCCGAAAACGGGCGGCGGUCGAGUGCUGGGACGCAAUUACUCCGGUCGCGUUAAAACCAUCCCAAAUACAUCUGUGAUGUCGUCGACAACGUCGGCAGCGGCGGCUGCGGCGGCGGUGGCAGCGGCAGUUCGCAACCGCAGGCUCUCGGAAGAGCAGAAGCUGAACCCCUCCUCAACACCCUCGUUCCCCGCAACUGGCGUUUUUCCUGCCAGCUCGCCAACCACCCCGCUCGCUCCCCUCUUACUGCCUGUUGUCGCUGCGGCGGCAACUACACCACCGGUUAAAAACGGCACGUCGGCCAUCUGUGACCAGGGAACGAGUUGCCAAGGGGUUGAGGGCUUCCAGGGAGUGAUGAAGCAAGAGGACGAAUCGACCAUUUCAGACUCGGAAAAUCAAGGGCUGUCAAUGGGUACAAAUGAGCCCUCUCCUCAGUGCGAUUCCCCUGAGGCCUCAAAUCAUCCCCUCGUCGGGAAUGGUCCCCUCCUGCCGCCUAAGAAUAUGGCAGUCUGA